CAAAACCACUUCUCGUUGACGUACCUCACCCAUGGCUGCAGGAAAAAGGAAGGCUACCGCGGCGACCGUCAAGAAACAGCUUCAUCCCUCCAAGAAGCGCUCCAAGGACUCUACCGUGAAGUCCGUGGAGAGAGAGGAAAAGGAGGAACAGAUGACUGUGGACGAAAACUCUGAUGAAGAGGAAGAGGAAGAUUCUUCUGCUGUCGAGUCCAGUGAAGAGGAUGAAGAUGAAUUGGACCAAGAUUCUGACUCUGGAGAUGAUGAAGAAGACGAAGAGGAGGAAAACGACGAAGAUGAAGAUGAUGCCGAAGAAGUCGACGACGAAUCCAAGCCGAAGACGAAUUCCAAGGAAGCUCACGCACUUCAGAAAAAACUCAUCAAGGAAAGAAAGGCAGCCAAGCCCUUUUCGGACGUUGUUGACCAAUCCAAACGCCUUUGGGAUAAAAUUCGUAACAAAACGGGUAUGAAAGCAGCAGAGCGCCGUCAACUUGUCGAAGAGCUGUUUGGCCUUAUUCGUGAAAACGUAAAGGCUCUUGUGUUCAAACAUGACAUGUCUCGUGUGAUUCAGACCUGCGUCAAGUACGGAUCCAAGGCACAACGUGAAGCUAUCUGUGAAGAACUGAAGGGUUGUCAUGUUGAGCUGUGCAAGAGUCCUUAUGGCAAAUACCUUUCGGUCAAAUUCUUCAAGUAUGGUACGCCUGCUAUGAAGGGAAUGGUCUUGGGCGAAUUGUACGGAAACGUCAACAAGCUUAUUCGCCAUCGCGAGGCAGCCUACGUGGUUGAAGAUGCGUUCAGAGAGUACACAAACUUGCAACAGCAACACGCUCUCAUCUCAGAAUUUUACGGUCCUGAGUACCGUGUGUUCAAGGACGCAUCACAGGACGUACACAUUGACAAGUUGCUGAAGGAGAAUCCCGACAAGCGUAACAGUAUCAUGCAAAACCUGUGGCAGACCAUAGAGGGCAGUGUCCAGAAGGGAUCCAUUGGAUUUACCAUGGUGCAUCGUGCCAUGUUGGAGUAUAUGCAACAUGCGUCUGAGAAGGAAGCUGACCAGUUGCUGCAGCUCGUGAAGGAGCAGGUGUAUGAGUUUGUUCACACAAAGGAUGGUUCUGAAACAGCCAUGAUGCUUUUUGCCGUUGCUACUGCUAAGGACCGAAAGGUGAUGUGGAAGAGCAUGCGUCCUUACCUGGUAGAGACGGCCAAGGACUCGUAUGGUCACUUGGUAAUCGUGGCCGGCCUUGACUGCACAGAUGAUACAGUGCUUACGGGAAAACUUGUGCAGGCAGAGUUCCAAGGAAAACUUUUCAAGCUGGGCAUUGAUCGUUACGCGCGCCGUGUUUUGUUGUAUCCACUUGUUGGAUGGAAUGAGCCCCGGUAUUUCAGCAAGCUGAACCGUGACUUUUUCGCCUCCUUGGCUCCCUUAAAGGAGAAAACGGCGAAGAAGGAUGCUGAUGUCCGUCGUGCCGAACUCAGAUCGGCGUUUUCGCCUGCCCUUCUUGAGCUCGUUCGCAACACCGCUGGCGAGUUGAUGGCCGAGACUCUGGGUUCGCAAGUACUUGUGGAGACUUUGCUUUAUGCAGACGGCGACAAGGAAGCUGCUAUAGAUGCCGUUGUUUCUGCCUUUAGCUCUGAUCCUGCCGAGGACACACAUUUGAUUCACAUGGUGCACUGUUCUCGUGCGCUCAAGACACUCGUUCAAAAUGGUCACUGGGAUGCCAAGGCCCGUCAAGUGCGUCAGUCUGAAUCUCAACUUCACAUGGCCGAGAAGUUGAAGCCGGUUAUGGAGAAACAUCUGGAGUCUUGGGCGUGUGGCGAUGGUGCGUUUGUCGUACUUGCCGUGUUGGAGGCUCUUUCCGACGACGACAAAGCAUCUUUGCUGGCUGCACUGCGCAAACACAAGAAGGCUCUUAAGUCUUCAUCAACGUUUAAGGGUACGCAACGUCUAUUAGAACUACUGUAGGCGGCCCGCUACUGUACAUCUUUUUGUUUUAAGGCACGUGUGUGUGUGUGUGCAUCACACACACAAGUGUCACUAGGGUGUGGGAUAAAAAAUGACGCUUGUAUAAUGCUGAAUUCUGCAAGCCUCGAGGACUGGAAAAAUGAAAACGGUGAAUGACAGCAUGACAAGUUUGUCGUGCUGUUUCUACGACACGAGUGGCACCGAGAGUGGUGCCUCUGAGGGGGAAGUGUGUGGGUUUUGUGGGGUAGGGGCUAUUUGUGUGCAGAAGGCGAGUUUGAUUUGUUU